UUGUUUCUGUCAGAUAUGAACUUUCUGAAUGAUAAUUUCUCAGAUUCUAGAUGAAUAUUCUGACUUGUGUAAUCUGUUCGUUGCUGUUCGUGUGUUUCUCUGCUCUGGAAGCUAAAUUAAGACCUUUGACCCAGUUUUAUUUGGUGCCGAGUCUCAUGACAGCUUCUCCUUGAAGACACACCCCAGUGGGACUGGAACAUGGUCUGGACCCCUCGGCCCUCCGCCGCUCCCCUCCUUUAGCCUCAUUAUGUGACUCUCUGCUCGGCUGCGGACCUCCAGGACGAACCGACUCCUUCUCGCCAUGGCUUCCACCCCCUCCGCCUCGGCCCUGUCCGCCGUGCUCCGCUGCAGGGGGAACAUCUGGACCCGGAACCCGCCGACCAAGCGGCCUGCCUCGGCGGCGUACAGCCUCGGAUUGGCCGGCGGGACGCUGCGCGACUCCCCGGCGGAGCGCGGCGGAUCAUCCCGCGGGUCCGAGUGGAGGAUUCUCCGCCGAGGAGAGCGCCUGGUGUCGGCCGCAGGGCUCUCUGUCUGCUGCAGGGGGGAUAGUGGAGACGGUGAAGCUCCGGCAGAAGAAGUUUUUAAGAAAAAUCAUAAAUUAUCUUCUUCCAAACUUUCCCAAUCCUCGGCUUGUGGCGCCCCCAGCGGCCAAAAGGCGCCACUGCAGCAGAGAGGCGAUGUCUUCUCCAAAAUAAUUCACAUCAUUAUCCCUGAAGCAUCAGAGAGGAUAUGUUUGCAGGGCUUCAUUCAGCUUCCAGCCGGAGUCCUGAAGCUCUCCGUCUCCAUCAGCUCUGGGUUGAAGGUGCAAAACCCCGGUUCUUCCCUCACCUCCUGGGUGUCCUGGUUCAUUUUCUCAAAACGACAGAUGAAGAGCGGCAGCUCUGACCCAACACAGGAAAACACGCAGAAGCAGGAAAACAUGUGCAGUUCUGGCCGACAGAUGACCCAUGACCCACCUGACUGAGCUCCACGCAGCCAGACUCCAGCUCAGCUUCGAUCUGCUUACAUUUACUCACAGGUUUGGACUUCGGCCUGCUGGCGCCGUCAGGACACGCUCGCUUUGGCUCCCGCUGAACUCAGAGUCAGGAAACAGCAAACCAACGGAAAACACAGUCUAGUAAAACGUCUGAUGAAAUUCAAACAGUGUGGCUAUUUUUUCCUUCUCACUGCACAAAAAAUCUGUUCAACACAAAAAGAAAACUAAAACACAUGAAACGGCUUUCAUGUCAUUUCCUUUGGCGAUUAUUAAAAAUGGAGUUUCAGCUUCUGAAAAUAAAAUCUGUUGCAAGUUUUCAGACAAGACAUAUGAAAACAUGAAUGCAUUCAUUCAUCCCUUUCUUACCUGCAGUUUAAUCUGGUCAGGGUCAGAGGUCAGUCUACUGUAGGGUCAAGAAAGAGCCAGUUAUGCAUGCACACACCCAGUAAGGUCAAAGGCCAAGCUCAGGUACCAAAAUGGAAAACACUACAGAUUAUCCAGAUUAGGACUCUAGGAACCAGGAGGUCCAGAUGUUCCCACCUUGCACCCGACCUCCAGUGAUCCAUAUAAACACAUGAACACAUGAACAUGGCUUCCUGUUAGUGUUUCCAGGAAAAAGCAAAGUUCAGCUACCAACCUGGACCAGAUAUUCACCGGAUGAAUGUGGAAAAGAGUUUCAAAAAUGACCUGAUUCUGACUCUUAUUAUUUAUUAAAUCUAAAAAUGAUUUGCAGAUAAAUUAUCCCGUUUUUUUUUUACAGUGCUUGAAAAGCUGGUUGGUCUACAUUUACUUUCUCCCUGAACAGAAAGAGUUUGAAAUGUAAUCAGCCUUUCAGGAAACCGAAGCUUGAGUUUCUCAUCCAGUUGAGUGUAAAAUAAAACGUUUUUUUUACCAACA